GAUGGGGAACAGCACUUCUUGUUCUUGUGUCUCAAGUGUUAGUAUUGAGAAUAGUUUGAAGAAGAGUGGAAAGGGUACUAAAACCGCGAUACUGUUGGACACCAGUGGGAACAUUCGGGAAAUCAAGCUACCCGCGAAAUCCGCUGAGCUAAUGAUCGAACAAAUGGGCCACGUCAUUACUCCGGUGGACGAACUCCGGAGAACAGGACGCGUUUCGGCCUUACGCGCCGAUGAGGAGCUUGGGGCGGGGAAAGUUUACUUGCUGUUGCCGGUGACUAGGGUCCAUUACAAGGCUACAGAAUUUGAGAUGGCGAUUGCGGAGAAACAGAGUGGCCAUAGAAAGAGCGUGAGUGGGAAUAACGUCGCAAAGGUUUCACAGUCACUUGUAAGGGAAAGGGACGGAGAAAACGAGGUUGUCGUUUUCCCUGCAUGUACUCCAAGGCCCAGGAACAAGGCACGAUGGAAUCCCGUUUUGGAUACAAUUUCUGAAUCUUCUUCGUGUGUCAAGGAAUUUACCCCACAAUUAUAAUCUUAAAAUCGUCUUCAUUA